UAUACUUCUCUUUGAUCGUUGUCUUGUCUUUACUGUUCUCAAUAAAUCAAUGGAUAGUUUUACAAUCCUAAGUUACUUCUCUCAUAAGCCAUCAAAUAUUAACAAAUAAUCAAAAUAAAUAAGCACACUUCACGCCUUUAUCUACGAAGAGGUAGGCAGAAGUGCCACAAGGAAUCCGACUUUUCGCUAUAUGUUCUGUCUUAUGACGACGUGAUAAGUGGGAAGUCUAUUGCCAUAUCAGUCAAUUUCACAUUCCGAGCUGAUACUGGGAGGAAAAACCCAAUAACACUUUGCUUGCGGGACUCGAACCCCGAACCUUAGAGCGGCAUUAUCGAAUACAACGCCACCGAGGAAUUUUCAUUAUAAUUCGCGGGCCAUACGUUUUGCUACUGUCUAGUCUAGGAUUUGCUCGUUCCUGUAAUUUACGAGUACAGUAAACCUCCAAGUGCCUUAUGCACGGGAAUUUAAACAGUAUCCUUAAUUACAUACCACUUACUUUAGAUUGCCUUAUAUUGGUCUCCUAUAAUAAUAAUUGUGAUACUUACUUUUAUCGUCCUAAACCUUUUGCUAGCGUAUGUAGGUAAUAUUUUACUACUGAAACCUCAUUUAUAGUAAUAGCCUGGCUCAUCAGUGAAAUCUUCGGGAUAUAGGUCAAUUUGCGGUAGGGGACGACAGGAGAGGAUAAUGCAAAAAAUAUUACCCGGAUUUAUCAAUAUAAACUUUCACCCAUUACUUCCUUAGCUUCAUGCCACAUACGAGAGUAAUACCGGUCACAGACCUCAUUUCUCGACGUCGACAAAUUGAGUUUCGAACACACCUCGAAAAACAAUGUGCGUUCCACAUCACGGAGACAGACAAAUUGUCCUAAUAAGUCUUUUAGCGAGAUCGUCUCAAACAGUUACUUUAAGUGUUCUAUGCGACAUUUUUUGACGCUCUUCUUAUAAUUGGUUAGUUUUUGUUUAACCUCGACCAUAUACUGUCAUGAGAAAGGGGUUUUGAAAUAUCAAAUAAUAAUAAAAAAUUGUUCGUUUUUCAAAAAUGUUUCCUUUUUCAAAUUUAUUAAUAGUACUGGCAGUGUUGUUUUGUGUUUAUGAAAUAAACGCCUUAACAGCCAUUGAGAGUGGUUCUAAAAGUAAAGUUUUGUCACGGAGAAAGCGGUACGUGGCAUUUCCUGAAGGCUCAAGUUUUUCUAUUGCAGGAUGCAUGGUGACAGGUCUGAUUGGCCAGCCUGCGCCAGCAACGGCUCCUGGUACCUUCACCUUCGGCCUUAACUGGGCCAUUGCCUACGAGCUACCCAAUGCGACAGAAACAGCCGCCUUUUAUACAACGAAGAAGUAUAAGAAGCCAUUAGCACAAAGGAGAAGUAGGAGAGAAUUGUAUGAGAAAUUGGAGAAGAUUUUGGAUAACAUGGGAUACAGUGGGAGACAAUGCAUUUUGAAGACAUUAUGUGAGACCACACAAAGGAUUGUCCCACACGGAGACAACAUGAUGACAGAGAUGUUCCGAUCACUAUUUACAUUACCAAUGGUGAAAGUCCUAACAUCAGAACCCUUGGAACAUACAAUCUACGACUCAGCUCAUCGUCUUGGAGUCAUGUUAGAGAAUUGUGACAAUAUGUUCCAUUGUCCAAUAUCGCUGGUAGAUUUGGCUAAAGGCUAUUACAAUGCUCCGUCUCCUGGAGUGGACACCAUGAGGAGUCCCUGGGCUUUGUUCAGCAGCAAUUUUGGUUGAAGUUUCUUUUGUAAUCGAAAUUAA